AACCCCACUGUCCGUUUCUCACUCUUUCCGAAUCGCAACCCUUGCCGCCGCCGCCGUCGAGCGCCACUUCGUCGUCCGUGCUUUUAAGCUCCUCCAUUCAUCGUCAAAAUAGGAUCUUUGAUGUCUAUGAUAUUCUCCUUCCUCUUCGCCUUCAUCGUUUAGAACAAUAAUAAGACUGAUCGACGUUCCUCUUUUCCAGCAAAUUUAUCUUCAACUCUAAUUCUAUGUUGAAAACUGGGAGGAGGUUGAUAGCAGAAGUACAGUAGUAGGAAGGGGCACGAUGAACAAAGAUAAGAUUUUUAAGCUGGCAAAGGGAUUCAGGGGGAGGGCGAAGAACUGCAUCAGGAUAGCUCGGGAGAGGGUGGAGAAGGCGCUGCAGUACUCCUACAGAGAUCGCCGCAACAAAAAGAGAGAUAUGCGGUCUCUCUGGAUCGAGCGCAUCAAUGCAGGCGCUCGGUUGCACGGGGUGAAUUAUGGUAAUUUUAUGCAUGGGUUGAUGAAGGAGAAUAUCCAACUGAACAGGAAAGUGCUGUCGGAGCUGUCGAUGCAUGAGCCAUAUAGCUUCAAGGCACUUGUGGACAUUUCAAGCAAUGCAUUUCCAGGAAACAAAGGCCCCAAAAAGGAUAGUUCAUCCAUUGUUGCGUGAGAAUCUUCUCUUCCAUUUUGUUUAUCUGAACCUCUUGUACUUGUGUUCUCAAGAGUAGAACUGAGUAUAUCUUUGGUAAUCUUGUCCAUCUUAUAAGUCAAGAAUUAAAACCACUAGAUUCAAUAUGAAAGACACAUUGUGCAAUCAACCUUGUGCCACUGGCAUUCAUCAUUAGAGCUGUAAAACCAUCUUGCUCAUGAGCAAUGUGACCGUUGAUCAAGUCUCAAAAUAAAUCAAAUAGGUGCAUCAAUUGUUGUUUAACAA